CGGCAGAUAAAGGACGGAGGACAGGGAGAGAGGAGCGAGCCAGAAGGGGAUCCAGGCAGGCGCCGAGAGCGGACAGGCAGAGGCGGGCGGACCGGCGGACCGGGCCAGGACAGGAGGCGGUCGGCGGGUCGGGCGGUGCCGCCGCGGCCACCGCGCCCGGCCAGCAGCGCGGCGCGGCGGCGGAUCUCCUCCCGCGGCGGAGGCGGAGGAAGAGACCAUGUCUUUCAGGAAGACAGUCACUGUACUGUAACAGCAGCGUAUCCGCAGCAAAAUAAACAAACCGGCCAACCAAAAAUACCAAACAAACAAAAAUAGCCCGAGCCGCCAAGACGCUGGGGGCAGAUCCCGUUUGCAGGCAAGGUUGACUAUGGUGCGUCAAGCUCUCCGAAGGACCAGCAUGGAGAUUGGCACUCUGAACUGUUAAUGGGGACAUGGGACUCACGUUGCCGUUGAUCAUUUGUGUGGACUUAACCAGCAAAGACCAACAGAAGACGCUAGAAAGGCAGUUGGAAUUAUAGCAGUUUUCCAGGUCACCAAAUCUUGUUAUUUUAAUUUCUGUCUGGAAGAAUGUCUGAGCAAGGUAAAUUGAACCAGGAGACAGCAGAGGAAGCUGCAAAAGAGCAGGAGACUGCCAUCUCUGAAGCCAACCCGGACAACUGUGUUCUUAAUAAAUCUGAAAGCUCAGAAGUAGAGGAGGAGAAGCUCAGUGAUUCCAAGACAGAGCUGCAGGUGUUACUGCCAACAAAAAGUUGUUAUGCAAAGCCUAAGAAGAAACGAGGGUCAAAUCAGAAAAAGAGAUCCAAGUCAGGAGCUAAGGGCAAGCUCGUGAGGAGUCUUGCUGUGUGUGAAGAGUCAUCCCCUCGCCCGGGAGCAGAAAAUCUUCAUGACAACCAGGAAUCAAUACAACUACAGCUUUCAAGUUUUCCUAGCUUGCAAGAAGAAGAUAAAUCUAGUAAAGAUGACUCCGAGAAAGAAAAAGAGAAGGAUAAAAAUAAAGAUAAAAACAGUGAAAAAAGCAAGAUCAGAAUGUUAUCAAAAGAUUGCAGUCAAGAGUAUACAGACUCAACAGGCAUAGAUUUGCAUGAGUUUCUCAUUAACACAUUAAAGAAUAAUCCCAGGGACAGAAUGAUCCUCUUGAAAAUGGAACAGGAAAUUAUUGAUUUUAUUAGUGACAACAAUAAUCACUAUAAAAAGUUCCCUCAGAUGUCAUCGUAUCAGAGGAUGCUAGUGCACAGAGUGGCAGCUUAUUUUGGAAUGGAUCACAAUGUGGAUCAGACUGGAAAAUCCGUAAUUAUCAACAAGACCAGCAAUACAAGAAUACCAGAGCAAAGGUUUUCUGAACAUUUAAAAGAUGAAAAAGGUGAAGAAUCCCAGAAGCGAUUUAUCUUGAAGCGAGAUAACUCUAGUAUUGAUAAAGAAGACAAUCAGCAAAACAGAAUUCUUCCAUUUAGAGAUGACAGACGAAGUAAAUCAAUUGAAGAGAGAGAAGAGGAGUAUCAGAGAGUGAGGGAGAGAAUAUUUGCACAAGAUUCAGUUUGCUCCCAGGAAAACCUUUUUGUGGAAAACAGUAGGCUGUUGGAAGAAAGUAGCAUAUGCAAUGACAUGCAUAAGAAAAGACAGCUGUUUAGGGGUAACAGAGACAGCAUUGGGAAGACGUCUGGCAGUCGACAGAGCAGUACAGAGAAUGAAUUGAAGUGGACAGACCACCAGAGGCCAUGGAGCAGCACAGACUCAGACAGCUCAAAUCGAAAUUUGAAGCCAGCCAUAACAAAGACAGCCAGUUUUGGUGGGAUAACCGUCCUGACAAGAGGAGAUAGCUCAUCAAGCAACAGAAGUACCGGCAAACUGUCUAAAACAGGUAGCUCAGAGUCUUCCAGCAGUGCUGGCUCCUCAGGAUCACUGUCACGAAUACAUCAGCCUCUCCAAAGUGCAUCUCUCGUCCCUGGGGUGACAGCCAGUUCUUCAGGCAGCGUGUCCUAUCCUGAGAACGGGAUGAGUGGCCAGGUGGCCCCCAGCAACACCAGCUAUAUCAUUCUUCCACUUGAAGCUGCAGGGAUACCGCCUGGCAGUAUCCUUCUCAACCCACACACAGGUCAACCAUUUGUAAAUCCUGAUGGGACACCGGCAAUAUACAAUCCUCCCAGUGGCCAGCAGACAAUGAGGAGCCAGGUGGUGGGACAGUCUCAGCAGCCUUCACCCCAGCAGACUCAGCAGGUUCAACAGCCACAGCAGCAAAUGGCAAGUCACCUUGUCACACAGCCUGUUCAGACAAUGCAGCCAUCUUCUCAGUCAGUCCAAUAUCCAGCAGUUUCUUAUCCUCCCCAGCAUCUCCUGCCAGUCUCUCCAACACAGCAGUUUUCUGUGCGCGAUGACAUGACAGCGCAGUUUAACCAGAUGAGCUUAAGUCGUCAGUCAUCAGGAGACAACCCCGAGUCGCCUUCUGGCCCCGUGUACCCCUCGCCCAUCCUGCAGCAGCCUGCCCAGCAGACAGGUUACAUCUUGGCCUCCCCAAGCCAGCAGCUUCCCCCAGGAGGCUUCACGGGUUCAGGACCACCGGUGUCCCAGCAGGUGCUGCAGCCGCCGCCGCCCCAGGGCUUCGUGCAACAGCCACCGCCACCUGCUCAGAUGCCAGUGUAUUAUUACCCAUCUGGUCAGUACCCUACCUCAACAACUCAGCAGUACAGACCCAUUGCCUCAGUUCAGUACAACGCACAGCGGAGUCAACAGAUCCCCCAGACUGCCCAGCAAGCAGCCUUCCAGAGCCACUGUCAUAGGCCUGGGAAUUCUGCUACUGUUUUCCUUGGAGACCUAAGGAACCUGAUAGGUUACCAGCCUGUCCUGCCGAACCAGCAGCAGGGGUUCCAGAGUCUCAUGGGAAUGCAGCAGCCACCCCAAAGCCAGAACCUGAUGAAUAAUCAACAGGGGAAUCAGGUGCAAGGCAUGAUGGUGCAGUAUCCAGCCAUGUCAUCUUAUCAGGUGCCAAUGACCCAGGGUUCUCAAGGAUUGCCGCAACAAUCAUAUCAACAACCAAUCAUGCUACCUAAUCAAUCAGCUCAAGGAACACUUACAGCCACUGGAAUGCCUGUCUACUGUAAUGUCAUACCUCCUGCCCCACAGAACAACCUCCGGUUGAUUGCCCCACACUGCCCCUCCAAUAACGUUCCAGUUAUUUCUGCCAGCUGCAGGACAAACUGUGCGAGCAUCAACAAUGCAGGGUGGCAGGUCAAGUACUGACACUGUGGCUUAGAUUUAUGAGGAUAGAGGUGCAUUAUUUGACAAAUAAAUCAUGGCCUUCAUAUGAAGAGGAACACAACAGAAUAAUCAGUUGAGGACACGAGUACUGACAAUGCUCAAGUGAUUUGCUGCUGGAAAAACCUGUAAAAAAAAAAAGUAAAAUAAAUCUUGAAAAAAAAAAAAUGUUUGCUGGUUAAUGGUGCAUAUUUUUGUCAUGUCUGCUAGGUAUGCCUUUAUAGCUUAGCUAGUGACAUGAAUUCAUUGAGGUAAGAUUUUUUCCUACCACUGAACACCACUGUGUAGAUUGUAAUAUCCCCGAUUCGAAUUAGUUUUGUACUUUGUGUUGAGUUUGUGAAGCUAAAAGUAUUUAAAAAUAUAAUAAAAUCACAUUGUACCAAAGCUGUAAUGGAAAUUAAAAAAAAAAAAAACUGAAAACAAAAAGAGAACUACUGAAUGGAAGGAAUAAUUUAUAUACACUAUAGAGUUUUUUUAUGGAUAUAUACUGUAUUGUAGUGCUUAAUCACAAUAAAGCUAUUUGACCUCAUGGAGGAAGGUCAUGUUUCUA